ACUACCUGUUUGUUGUUUGAGAGGAACGCAGCAGUGAGUGAGGCAUCGUUUCAUAAAUUCCGUUUAACUGAAAUAUCUUAUGGAGAAAAAUCGGCGUUUGACAAUAAAUGCUGGUGUCAUGUUGAUAACGUUUAAUAAAGCUAAAAACCUGACAUUAUAUGCAAACGGAUAUGUACCUUUAUGUAGUUCUCACCUGAGUUAUUGUUAGUUACGACAUACUCAGCUGGAAUUGCCUGAAAUGCGAAAUAUCACUAUGCGAAGCGCCAUCUUGUGGAUAAAUGUUUUCUUGAUUUCUGUAACACAAAGUGUUUCGAACUGUCCCGAUAUCUGUAGAUGUGAUGUCAUACAAGAUCGAAAGACAGUGACUUGCAAUCAAGGAGGAAUGAACCUAAUCCCCACACAGGAGAUGGACAAAAGUAUCCAAGUUCUUCGUGUCACUGCUCCUCCAGAAGUCCCUAACAAUCUGACUGUCGGCCGAAUAUUCCAGAAAUUCCACUUUCUCGAAGAAAUCCACAUUACGCAUUCUAAUAUUCCUGCUAUCGGAGACAGUUCCUUCUGGCCUUGUCAGUACUUGAUGGUUCUCAAUCUCAGUUAUAAUAAAAUAACACUUCUUCACUAUUCCAACUUCAUUGGUCUAAAAAACUUGGUAACCCUUGAUCUAAGUAAUAAUCUUAUCUAUGCCACACCCUCUGCGCCCUUCUAUCACCUCAAAAAUCUAAACACACUUUCUCUGGCAGGGAAUAGGCUUGAUGGACUUGUACCUCGGUUUUUCUAUAUGCUAUCCAAACUGAGGUACUUAGAUCUUAGUGGAAAUACAUUAAGUGAAGUUGAUCCAGACAAUUUUAAGGAUCUCGGAGCAGUAAAAAGUUUGAUUCUUCGGAAAUGCCAUCUGACUUCUCUGCAUUCUUUAGUCUAUCAAAAUGUUCCAAAUCUCGAGGUUCUGGACUUGAGGGACAAUGUUUUCUAUUACAUUAAACCGUUUGAAUUUCAACACUUAAAACGACUUCGAGUUCUUCGGCUUGAUAACAACUAUUUAGGAGAUAUCAGGGAAAACACAUUUAGUGGUCACAAUCUAGACACCUUGAAUCUAUCAAGAAACAAUAUAAUCUCGAUAGACUCGUGUGCUUUCUGCAACAGUAGUAUAAGACAUUUGGAUGCAUCUAACAAUCGUUUAACACUGGUGAAGAAAAGCGUAUUCUCACCUUUAUCAGACUCCCUGGAAACAUUAAAUAUUGGUUUUAAUAAGUUGGACCACAUCACAGUGGCAAACAUAAUUGACCCAUUGGAAAAACUGCAAAGGCUUUCUCUCGCUGGAAUGCAACUAGAAAAACUAUUUGUUACCACUUUUAGCCAAAACCGAAAUUUGAGAUAUCUAGAUUUAUCCAAAAAUGAGCUCGAAUGUUUACCCUCUGCUGUCUUAGAACCACUAACAAAUUUAGAGGAGCUUGACCUUUCAAAUAAUGGGUUAAAAGAAUUACAGUUGUCAACACUGAAAAUAAUAAAUGAAACGUCAUCUUUACAAAAAGUUCGCCUACAUUCCAAUAGAUGGCACUGUAGUAAGUGUAAUGUCGGAUCCCUACUCGCGUGCCUUAACAGUUCUGCUUUCCUCGAAAAACUUCAAAACGAAAGCUUGGUUUGCAGUGAGCCAGAACAUUUGUUAGGGCGAAAACUUGAGACACUUUAUCCAGAAGAACUUGAAAUCUGCCCCCUUCCUGUUACCCUUUCUCGUACUCUCACGACUCACUUGCAUAUUGGGAUCGUGGUAACCAUUGUUCUAUUCGUACUCUUUCUCAUACUCUUAACGUUAGCCUGUUUCUUGACCAGGAGGCAUUAUGCUGUAUAUUAUACACAUGAGAAUGUUAUUGAAGAAGAUAAAACAAGAAACGGAGAUACGCGGGAUAUCAAUUCUCAAAAUUAUCUCACACCAAAAGAUCUCAGAGACAAAAAAUCAAAGAAGAAAGACAUGGUUAUGCGCUUCAUUUAAAAAAAAAAUAAAAACGUUCACAAACUUUAACUUCAUACAUACUGAUUUCUGAAAUCAGAAAAUUUGUUAAAAUAUGUAUAUGAUUUUUAGUACUCCUUCAGAGAAAAUUUAAUGUUUUUAAAGUGAAAUACUUGCUAGUUUCGUAUUUGAAAUUAAUAUAAAAAUGUAUACGUUUGUCUUAUUUUUUUUGCGCUAAGCCGCACAAUUGUGUUCGUCUCGGGGAUCAAACUUGAAAUUUAACAUUAUAAACCAUAAAUUUUAUCGUCCAGUGACCGGAGAAUUUCUUUUUUCAUUGAAAUAAUUCACUAAUAUAAAAGUUCCUUAAUAUAUUGUAUUUAUGGAAAUGAACGUCUUGUGUAAGUCGAAACAUUAGGAAAAACAAAUUUUACCAAACCUGUACAUAGUAGAUAAGAGAUUCAACUCGUGUAUAAUUAAGUAGUCUUGAAAAACUCUGAACGUGGAAUAUAGUUGAAUAACAUGUAGUAUAUAAUUAAACAGUUUGUAACGUUGAAUAACAUGUAGUAUAUAAUUAAACAGUUUGUAACGUUGAAUAACAUGUAGUAUAUAAUUAAACGGUUUGUAACGUUGAAUAAUAGAGUAUACAGUUAAACAGUUUAUAACGUUGAAUAACAGAGAGUAUAUAAUUAAACAGUUUAUAACGUUGAAUAACAGGUAGUAUAUAAUUAAACAGUUUAUAAUUUUGGAUAACAGGUAGUAUAUAGUUAAACAGUUUAUAAGAUAGCAUAUAGUUGAAAAGCUGUAAAACUGAAUGCAAGUAAAUAUAUGAGUUAAAAACGUUUAACUUUCUGUGUAAAAGUCAAUGUGGUUGAAUAUUUAUGAGGAUAAUGAAAGCUGAUAUCUUUUUCUGAUGAACUACAUAAAACUGAGAUAUGUGAAAAGACGACUGAAAUUAUAUGAAUCUUCAAAUCUUUAUUUAUAUCCAGAAAAGUUAAAAUUUCCAAUAUUGAAGCUGAUAUAUGUUCUUGUGUUGUUGUUUUUUCGUAUAAACGAAUUUGUUGCUUCGUUGUACAUAAUGAUCUUGAAAAUAAAGAUUUUAUCAAAUAAAAAUUAGUUUUCCUGAAAAACUGUAAUCAGUAUUUUCUCAGUCAAAGUCAUGAUUUCUCUUCUCAAAAUUACUGUAGUUUUUUAUGCUAAUGUAUAUAAUGUGUAUAUAUAUAUAUAUAUUACCGAGUACAACGCAUAUAGAUGUUGAUAUAUAUAUAGAUGUGCAUAAUUCCGAGUAAGAUGAAUGUUGAUGUUUAUAAUGUGUAUGUUUUCCAGUAAGAAGAAUGCUCGUGUUUAUAAUGUGUAUGUUUUCCAGUAAGAAGAAUGCUCGUGUUUAUAAUGUGUAUGUUUUCCAGUAAGAAGAAUGCUCGUGUUUAUAAUGUGUAUGUUUUCCAGUAAGAAGAAUGCUCGUGUUUAUAAUGUGUAUGUUUUCCAGUAAGAAGAAUGCUCGUGUUUAUAAUGUGUAUGUUUUCCAGUAAGAUGAAUGUUGAUGUUUAUAACGUGUAUGUUUUCCAGUAAGAUGAAUGUUGAUGUUUAUAAUGUGUAUGUUUCCCAGUAAGAAGAAUGCUCGUGUUUAUAAUGUGUAUGUUUUCCAGUAAGAAGAAUGUUCGUGUUUAUAAUGUGUAUGUUUUCCAGUAAGAUGAAUGCUCGUGUUUAUAAUGUGUAUGUUCAGGUUAAAGAUGACAGUUGGUGUUUAUGUGUAUGUUUCACAGUAAUAUGAAUGUUGAUGUUUUAAUCUCAAUCGUAAUUAUUAUUCAUCAUAUCUUUGUUCGUGUUGGAACUAAAGGUUUGUUUAAUGUACUUGUUUUAAAUAUUUGUA